GAGCCAUCAGAAACUUCAAAAUCGUACAGUUCCCGCCUCAGCAUGGCCACGAAGCAGAUGCUUUUCUCCUCCAUCGGAGACCAACUCCCAAGCAACACCGACAAGAUCACGGUGGUGGGGGUGGGAGACGUGGGCAUGGCCACCGCCUUCAGCGUCCUGGCCCAGGGCAUUUCGAGCGACGUGGCCCUCAUAGACGUCAACCAGCAGAAAAUGGAAGGUGAAAUGAAGGACCUCCAGCACGGCUGCAUGUUCCUGAACGCGAAAAUCAGCGCCGGUCCAGACUACAGCGUCACUGCCAACUCAAAAAUAUGCAUCAUAACAGCAGGUUUACGUCAGAGGGAGGGCGAAUCGAGGCUGAACCUGGUCCAACGCAACACGGAAGUGCUGAAGACGAUAGUUCCCAACUUGGUGAAGUACUCGCCAGAGACGGUACUCAUCGUUGUGAGCAAUCCAGUCGAUAUACUGACCUGGGUGGCUUGGAAGCUGAGCGGUCUUCCGAAGAGCAAAGUUAUAGGCUCCGGCUGCAACCUGGACACUUCCAGGUUUCGGUACUUUAUCGGGGAAAGGCUCGGAGUGUCGCCGGAGAGCGUAGACGCUUACAUUAUCGGCGAACAUGGCGACUCUAGUGUUGCCGUGUGGUCGUCGGCGACUGUGGGCGGGGUCCGUUUGAGGGACAUAAACCCGACCGUAGGAACGGAUAGCGACUGCGAAAACUGGAAGGAACUCCAUAAGAUGGUCGUCGACGCGGCCUACGACGUCAUCAAGCUCAAGGGCUUCACCAAUUGGGCCAUAGGGCUGAGCGCCGCGUCGAUCGCCAGGAGUAUCCUGAGGAAUUCCGAUAAAAUCCAUCCCAUAUCGACAUACGUCAAGGGGAUUUGCGGGAUCGAUCACGAAGUGUUUCUGUCACUCCCGGCUACCUUGGGACGUGACGGCGUGUCCCAAGUGACGAAUCUGGCGUUGUCCGACGACGAACAGUGUCGCCUGAAGAUAUCGGCAGCGAAUAUGGCCGAAAUAAUGGCCGGGGUCGAGUUUUGAAUGCGCGGCGGAUGCGGCGGGCCGACUCGUACGUCGGGUUGCGCGCCGAUCUGGCUUUGUUUAGGCAAAAUAAAUAUCCA